AUGGCAUCCAAGGUUGCGCUCUUCAUUGCCAUGAGCCUCCUCUCUGCCGUCGCGGUGCACGGCUGCGGACCAUAUUGCCAGCCACCGGUCGUGGUGCCGACGCCACCCGUCGUCGUCCCACCACCGUACCAUGGAGGAGGAGGGCAUGGCCAUGGCGGUGGGCAGUGCCCCAUCGACGCCCUCAAGUUGAGGGUGUGCGCCAACGUGCUUGGUGGGCUGCUCGGCCUCAAGGUCGGCGUUCCGACGUACAACGAGUGCUGCCCGCUGCUGAAGGGGCUGGUCGACCUCGACGCCGCCGUCUGCCUCUGCACCGCCGUCAAGGCCAACGUCCUCGGCAUCGUCCACCUCAACGUGCGUGCGGACAUCACCCUCCUCCUGAACCACUGCGGCAAGUCGUGCCCGUCCGAUUUCACUUGCCCAACCCAUUAG